AUGUUCUUCAAUACUCAAUCUCUUGGUGUCGUGGCUCUCGCCGGAUUAGCCACAGCUGUGCCUUCACGAAACCAUCUUCAAACUCGCGAAACUGGCAAGCUUCCUGCUCUUGGCUGGAACGGCUGGAAUCAAGGACAAUGUAACGCAGCUAGUGAGAAAGUUGCCCUUGCUACAGCCAAGACCUUCAUCAGUCUGGGUCUCAAGGACGCCGGAUACCAAUACGUCAACAUUGAUGACUGCUGGUCUACAAAGCAGCGAGACUCCAAUGGCAACCUCGUCCCUGACCCCGCAAAGUGGCCAAGAGGUAUCAAGCCAGUGGCCGAUGAGAUCCACGCAAUGGGUCUCAAGUUCGGUCUUUAUGGCGACGGCGGAGUCAAGACUUGCGCAGGUUAUCCAGGAAGCCAAGGCCACGAGCAGCAAGACGCAAAUCUUCUUGCCAGCUGGGGUGUCGACUACUGGAAGUACGACAACUGUUACACACCCUGCAACACAGGCAACGCUGCCGAUAUUCAGACAUGCCCCAACAACCAAGCACCUAGCUCUAAGCCUCGGUAUGAGAAGAUGAGAGAUCUUCUUCGUGCUACAGGAAGGGACAUUCUCUAUUCGCUUUGCAACUGGGGUUAUGAUGAGGUUUGGACUUGGGGUGCUCAGGUUGGACACAUGUGGCGAAUGAGCCAGGACAACUGGGGUAAAUGGGCCGAUGUUGUCCGUAUUGCUAACCAGGCGGCACCUAUCCUGAAGUACUCUGUACCCGGCCACUACAAUGAUCUCGAUAUGAUGAUCCUUGCCAACGGUGCUCUUACUCCUGCUGAGGAGCGCACUCACUUUGCCAUCUGGUGUAUCACCAAGUCCCCUAUCAUUCUCGGAACAGACAUGACCAAGCUUAACAGCGACGAGGUCAAGUUGAUCACGAACAAGGGCCUUCUCGCCGUCAACCAAGACUCGCUCUCCAAGCCUGCUGUGCCAUUCACUCCCCCCAACACUCCCACCAAGGGAAGCAGCGAGAUCUACCCUUACUGGUCCGGUCCCAUCUCAACCGGAACUGUUGUCGCCAUCGUCGCCAGCAAGGGCAACUUGAACACUCAGCUGAACCUCAAGGAUGUUCCAGGACUGAAGGAUCAAGAGUACUCGUGGACUGAGCUUCUGACUGGUGCUAAAGGAAAGGGCAAGACUGUCUCGGCCAACUUGCAGACACACGAUGUUGCGGUCUUCCGCAUCGACCACAACUAA